AUGGGUGCACGAUCAUUUUCUCACGCAUUUAGGAUUUGCUGCUCGGAUCUGCCAUACAUGAGUGAUUAUCGCAGGCCGUGUAACUUCUUUUACAAUGUAACCGGCGAGGAAGCGGAACGUCUUUUGAGGCAGUACGGUAGUGAUGGCGAAUUUCUGGCGAGACCAAGUGAAUCGCAGCCGCUUAACUUCACAUUAUCAAUUAUUCGUGGAAAGGCAAUAACACACGUGAAGAUUCAGAAAAACAGCGACGACUUCUUAGAUUUAUUCGGAGGUGAAUCAUUUGCAUCAUUGAGCGAACUAGUUCAGUUCUACAUUGACAAUCCAGAACAACUUCAAGAACGAAAUGGAGAAUCUAUAAUUAUGAAGCGACCAGUGUCUAUACCGCUCUAUGAGCCUGCUGCCCAAGAAGCACGUGCUCCUGCUUCACAACGGUGGUUCCAUGCUAACAUCACAGGAACUGAGGCAGUCGAUCUGCUUUCGAAGGAGAAACAAUGGACUUAUCUCGUUCGGGAGAGUCAACGUGCACCUGGAUCAUAUGCGAUAACUGUAAAAACCACAGAUGAUCACGUUGUACAUAUUCUAAUACAGAAGAAAGCUGAUACUGGUAUGUAUCACGUGGGUGGCGGAGAUGAAUUUCGAACUGUUAGCGAACUUUUAGCACACUAUAACAAUAAUCCUAUGGUUGAAGAAGGUAGCCAGAGGGUGGUUCAUUUAAUGAACUUGGUCCCAUCUACAUGCGUACCAGCAGAUGCAAUUGACGAGCGCAUACGGUUACUCGAAGAAAUUGAUCCCGUAACGAAAAAAUCUGGAUUUCUUGAAGAGUUUGAGCGUAUUCAACAGGUGGAUGAUCAGUUCUCAUCACGAAGAGAAGGGAAAAAAGAACAAAACAUUAGCAGAAACCGCUACAAGAACAUUGUUCCAUUUGAUCACACUAGGGUUGUUUUAAAGGAUGUACCAGCUAAUGAAUCUGACUAUAUUAAUGCCAGUUAUAUCAGGAUCCCAAAAGGCCCACCUCUUCACCUUUUUGCGAAUCGCGAGUAUAUUUCCACUCAAGGUUGUUUGCCGAAUACUCUUCUAGAUUUCUGGCGUAUGGUGUGGCAAGAAAAUAGUCGUGUUAUUGUCAUGACGACAAAAGAAAUGGAGCGGUCGAAGAGCAAGUGCCACGUGUAUUGGCCUGCUUUACGCGAAGAGCUGAAUCUUCGCGAGUAUGUCAUCAAGACUGUCGAGGAGACCAAAGUCCCUGGCGACAAUGGGCUUGAUAUGUUUAUAAAGCGACGAUUUAUGGUAGCCAAAAAAGGGAUGCCACAGAGAGAAGUGUUUCAUCUUCAAUUCACUGGAUGGCCCGACCAUGGCUGUCCAGAGCAGCCGGAAUCCGUGUUACAAUUCCUUGAUGCCGUGGACACAGCAUGCAAAAAGGCUAUUUCAACUCAAGGCCCUGUUAUUGUCCAUUGCAGUGCGGGCAUAGGAAGAACGGGAACGUUUAUUGUAAUCGACAUUCUAUUGAAUCAGAUUCGUCACAGAGGUAGCUCUUGUCCUAUCGAUAUUCCACGAACUGUGAUGAAGAUACGGGAACAGCGCAGUCGCAUGGUGCAAACAGAGGCGCAGUACGUAUUUCUCUACCGGGCGAUUAGCUGCUACAUUGGCAUGAUAAGUCGAUCUCGUCAUCCUUCUGAUGAUGUUGGUGACAGCGGACAACCCCUCCACCUUCCACCUCCUCCUCUUCCUCGAAGAAGGCCGGUACCAGAUGUCGCUCAAGCAUACGUCAAUAACGGAUAA